GUCGCCGUCAAAGGCGGCUGUAACGACGUUAGCUCCGCGGUGAAGUCGGCUGACUUUUGUGCUCAUCUGUUUUUAAAGCUCAAACCCGACCAACCAACUGCACUUUGAAUUUGUGACAUUGUGAGAAAGUGGAAAACCAGACGUCAGUCCUCACACGGAAACGUUUGAUAGCGUUAGCUGGGCUGUGUAUAUAAGCUAGCUAGCUAAUAGUAGAACUACAAAAGUUAUGCCCUGACUGAUGGUUGGUUUUGACAAGGAUCCUUUUUCACUCCGGAUGGAUGAGCACAAGGAAAAUAUCAACAAGGACACCAAUAUGUUCAAGUCUGAUGCAAGGGAAGAUGAUAUGGCAAAGCCUUGCAGCAGGGUCUCAACUACAGAAGAAUCUGCCCCUCAAAUAUCCCCAUCCCAAACUAGCAGUGAAUUUAGCGAUCCAGUCUACAAAGAAAUUGCUCUGGCGAAUGGACAUAUCAACCGCAUGACCAAGGAUGAGCUUCGGGCCAAAUUAGCCGAGUUAAAACUUGAUACAAGAGGUGUGAAGGAUGUGAUGAAGAAGAGGCUGAAGAGCCACUACAAGAAGCAGAAGCUGAUGCAAUCUGUCGCAGCAGAAGGGGCAACCGAUACCUACUAUGACUAUAUCUGUGUGGUGGACUUUGAAGCAACCUGUGAGGAGGACAAUCCUCCGAACUUCCUUCAUGAAAUCAUUGAAUUCCCAAUGGUUCUUAUCAACACGCACACUCUGGAAAUUGUGGACUCAUUCCAGGAAUAUGUAAAACCAGAGCUGAACCCACAACUCACAGAUUUCUGUGUGCAGUUAACAGGAAUCACACAGAAAACAGUUGAUGAAGCUCACACAUUCCCAACAGUCCUUCAGCGAGUUGUAGUUUGGCUUCAGGAGAGGGAGCUUGGAACGAAAUACAAAUAUGCCAUUUUGACAGAUGGUUCUUGGGAUAUGAGCAAGUUCCUUAACAUCCAGUGUCGCAUAAGCCGGAUCAGAUAUCCUCAGUUUGCAAAGAAGUGGAUUAACAUCAGGAAAUCAUAUGGGAACUUUUACAAGGUCCCUCGUGCACAGACUAAGCUGAGCACAAUGUUGGAGAAGCUGGGUCUGAAGUACGAGGGCCGCCCUCACUCGGGCUUGGAUGACUCGCGCAACAUAGCUCGGAUAGCGCUGCGGAUGCUCCAGGACGGCUGCCAGCUACGCGUCAACGAACGCAUGCACGAUGGAAAGCUGCUUCCUGUGCCCAGCUCUGCGCCUGUGGAAGGGGCCCCACCACCCUUCAACCCCCGUAGCAGGGACAAGACCAAAAUUUGAGAUUUUUGCUAGUAAGGCCUUGAAACAGGAGCCCCCUGUCUGUUUUUACACCGUUGACUUGAAAAAUUGCGAAGCACUUUUACAGUCUCGUUUUGUAAAAUAGUCCAUAUUCAUUUAGAAACCUGGAGCCCUGUGGUCAGCGCAAACACAGAACCAGUAUCAUGACAUGAACGGCUGCUAUUCCCAUGCUAAAUAUUUAAAAAGUGCUUGA